CCGCCAGGAAGGGCAUUUCCUCCUUUCCAUCUUCCUUGUCUCUACCGAGCCUCUCGGGGCCCUCUGUGAUGUAUGUUAUACGACAGGCCAUACAUGAAGUAUACCACAUCUCUUAACACUAUGACGGUUUCUUCGUUCUUGUAUAAUGCGAACAUACAAGGAACGCCAACCCCAACACUGCUGGGAAACCACAUUUGCAAAGAAGAACACUUUAAUCUCCAAGCCCGGACAGACAGUAUCAACGGAAACUUCACGCUCAUGAGAACAAGCAUGGCUCACAUGUCUUCAUUCCCUGUUUUUCUAACUCCUCCUCCUCCACCUCCUCCUCCCAGUUCGGGUGUCAAAUAUCGAGUUCCUAUGAGAGUUAGCUAUUCCAAUCAACCUACCACCCUCGAAACAACCAGGGAUCCGAUCUGUAUCCUCAUAGUCUUGAGUACUCAUGGAGAAAAGAAUGAGCCCUUCGAUCAACAACGAAGCAAGAUGGAAUCAAGCGUGAGAAGCAGGAAAUCCAAUCCUUCUGUUCUGUCUUCUGUAAGCGCAAGUCUGUUGGGCAUCACAGCAGAGUACACCCCUACUUUGAUGGCAUGUUUCGAAUUGUAUAAAGUCCCUGGUUACUCUUCAUCUUCAGUCAACUUGGACUAGGUGUAGCAGCGCAUCCCAGCAGAAUAGUACACAAAGAGAAGCCAAAAGGCGCUGGACCUCAUUACGCAAACAUAUCACGGAUAUCGCCGCAGAUUUCCCACAAAACCCAUUAGUAAUUGUCGUCUGUUUCUCAUUAAAAGAACCGGGUUACGGAUCUUCGGUGUAGUGGUUGUGUGUCUGUGAGUGUGUGUGUCGGUCUUGGUAUGGUACAGCAUCAUCACCCCGAUCCCCUUAGGCUUCUCCCCCUCCCUUUCCCUCCU